UUUGUAGCUCCUUGCGCUUGUGUAUCUGGUAAAUAAUAUAAUAGUUAAUUGUACGAUAUAACAAUGGUCGUAUUCACUCUGUACUACUGAGCUUCCGACAUUGCCUUAUGAAGAUUUGUCCUGUCUUGUGUCUGAUAAACAUUUACGCAACAGUUAUACCGCUGUAGUGUGGAGCGAUGAGUUCUACUAGCCACAGAAGCUAAAAUUAGAAGAAAACUGAUCUCAUCGUCAUUGACUCAAAAUCACCGGUAACGCCUUUUCUGGAGACCAUUUCACUUACCAAGUGGUCGGCCGAGUGGACUCUCUCAUUUGGGAAAGUGCACCACGAAGCGACACACGAGUUAAAUCAGUUACAAGUGAAUCACGAGCUUCUGGACCUUUCAUAAUCCUGCUAGACACGAACGCUGUGUUGUAGGACCACUUUAUAAUUGGGAUUAUUUAAAUGUGUCAGGAAAAACCAUUGUGUGACGUCAAACUUUAUUUCAUUUAUUUUUUGUAGGUGAAUUAUUCUUGGCGAAAUGGAUAAUGAAAGUACUGUAGCAACAAGUGGGCGUUUUGUAACGGAGCAUUUCAAAGACAGAAGCAAAACCUUUAAGCUAUGUCAGUUGCUUCCUCUGGCAAAAAGUUAUUGAACCUUUUGCAGGACAAAAGAUCUAGAGUAAAGAGUGGAGAACAACUCAUGACUUGUGGUAACUUUGUGUAAAAUAUUCCAUAUAAAAACUUUGCAGAAGCGCUAUAGAUUUUUGCACGUGGAAAUAUACAAUAAAACAGGCCUGUGCAGAGCGGUCAAUAUAAAGAUUGGAGCGUUUUAAACAAUUAGAGAUACAAAAUUCCUGAGAUGAAGACCUUCCCGAUUGUCACACAAGUUAGCUGAGAUUCACUUACUUUUGGCUUUCUCUAUCUGAAACGUUAGUUCUAAUUCUACUACAUUGGGGAAGUUAUAUCAGUUAAAUACGGUAUUUUACACGUAAAUAUACACAAACUGUGAGUCGGUUUCCAACAUAACACUAAUUUUCGGAUGUGCUUUGCUUUCGAUUUGAAACGUUUUUAAAAUAUUGAAAAGCUUACUGAAAUCAUUCAUAGAAAGAAAUAGUUUAAACCCCAUAAGAAUCCAAAAAUCAGAUCAGUCCAUGUUUACUUCCAGAUAAUAAGAAGUGUCUAUCACGUCUUGAAAGGUGGUCUGUUUUUGAGUGAUUCUAUUGUAGGUGUUUAGCGCAAUAAUAAUAAUGAAACCUGUUUCUUUGAGAGUGGACGUAGUAGUUCUUCUUUUGAUAAUUGCAACAGCAGCGACCUCUGGUCUGGGAACUUGGAUGUCCUUAGGGUUUCAGGGGUUGAAUAUUAUCAACAACCCUCAAGCUUACUUAAUUGGGACCCACCCUCUAUGUAGUCAGCUGACUGGAUUGUCCAGAGGUCAGUUCAAGCUCUGCCUUCUGUAUUAUGACCACAUUCAGUAUAUUGCGAAGGGUGCCAAGAUGGGCAUCAAAGAGUGUCAGUGGCAAUUCCGUCAUCGGCGGUGGAAUUGCUCUACUCUAGCUGACAACAGUACCUUUGGCAAUGACAUUCUUCGAGUUGCAAGCAAAGAAGCCGCCUUCGUUCACGCCAUCUCAGCCGCCGGUGUGGUUCAUGCUGUAGCUCGUGGGUGUCGAGACGGUCAACUAACUAGUUGCGGGUGUAGCCGAGCUGCCCGACCGGAGGAUCUCCAAAACGACUGGAGAUGGGGAGGCUGUGGGGAUAACGUCGAGUAUGGUUAUCGUUUCACAAUGGGUUUUGUCGACCUCCGAGAGCGAGAGUAUAACUUCAGAAGGGGCACCAUGGAGCAGGGACGCAAGCUCAUGAAUAUCCAUAACAACGAAGCUGGCAGAAGAGCGGUCAUUCAUAAGAUCGGUAGAACGUGCAAGUGCCACGGAGUUUCUGGCUCGUGUACCCUUGUCACGUGCUGGCAGCAGGUGCCAACGUUUCGAGAGAUCGGAGAUCACCUUAAAGCCAAAUACGAUAGCGCCACUGAAGUAAAGAUUAAUUGGAGAGGAAAACUUCAGAUUAAAGACUCAGAAACUCCUCUUCCAACAGGAGCAGAUAUGGUAUACCUGGAACAAUCCCCGGAUUAUUGUGUGGCUAAUGAGCGCACAGGUUCGAUGGGCACACAAGGUCGCAAGUGUAAUCGGACUUCAUCCUCUACAGACGGGUGUACCUUCCUGUGUUGUGGUCGAGGGUACAAUUCCCACAAGACUUGGGUGGAGGAACGGUGCGACUGUAAAUUUCAUUGGUGUUGCUAUGUGGAGUGUAAAACGUGCAGAAAUCGUAUAGACUUGCACACGUGCAAAUGAAAGAAAUAUUGUGUUUUGUGCAGAAGGAAUUAUUCAAAUACACAGAAAAAAAGUACAACAUUU